AUGGAGCUGGAGGAGCUGGGGAUCCGGGAGGAGUGCGGGGUGUUCGGCUGCAUCGCAUCCGGCACAUGGCCGACCCAGCUGGAUGUGCCCCAUGUCAUCACUCUGGGGCUGGUGGGGCUGCAGCACAGGGGACAGGAAAGUGCUGGCAUUGUGACAAGUGAUGGAGAUGCUGUUCCAACAUACAGAAUGCACAAGGGAAUGGGCUUGGUCAAUCAUGUGUUCAGCGAGGAGAAUUUGAAGAAACUAAACAUGAGCAAUCUGGGAAUUGGGCACACAAGGUAUUCGACAUCGGGAAAUUCUGCUUUGGAGAAUUGUCAGCCGUUCGUCGUUGAAACGCUCCAUGGAAGGAUUGCUGUGGCACAUAAUGGAGAACUAGUAAAUGCAGCUCGACUUAAGCGAAAGUUGAUGCGACAUGGUAUCGGCCUGUCGACAAGUUCUGAUAGUGAGCUCAUCACUCAGCUUCUGGCCUUCACACCUCCCCUGGAAGAAGAUCACACGCCUGAUUGGAUAGCACGAAUCCGGAACUUGAUGAAUGAGACUCCAACAUCCUACUCCUUGCUCGUUAUGCACAAUGACGUCAUCUAUGCUGUACGAGACCCCUACGGCAACAGACCUCUGUGCAUUGGGAGGCUCAUCUCGGUGAAACUAUGAAGAAAAAGCAAAAAAUCCAUCUGAGACCGAGGGCUGGGUGGUCUCCUCUGAAUCCUGUAGCUUUUUGUCUAUUGGUGCUGAAUAUUACAGAGAAGUAUUGCCUGGAGAAAUUGUGAAAAUUACUCAGACUGGGAUCCAAACACUGGAUAUUGUUCCCAGACAUAAAGAGAAGGACCCUUCUGCAUUCUGUAUAUUUGAAUAUGUUUACUUUGCACGACCAGACUCCAUUUUUGAAGGACAGAUGGUAUAUUCAGUAAGAAGGCGGUGUGGUCAGCAGUUGGCUAUAGAAGCUCCAGUUGAAGCAGACCUAGUCAGCACUGUACCAGAGUCCGCAACUCCUGCAGCUUUGGGCUAUGCUGAGAAGUGUGGCAUUCAGUAUGUUGAAGUACUUUGCAAAAAUCGCUAUAUUGGCCGUACCUUCAUUCAGCCAAACAUGAGAUUACGACAGCUUGGGGUUGCAAAAAAGUUUGGAGUCCUGUCAGAUAACUUUGUUGGGAAAAGAGUAGUGCUGAUAGAUGAUUCCAUUGUGAGAGGGAACACCAUCUCUCCUAUCAUUAAGCUGCUGAAGGAUUCUGGAGCAAGUGAGGUGCAUAUUCGUGUGGCUUCCCCACCAAUCAGAUAUCCCUGCUACAUGGGCAUUAACAUUCCUACAAAAGAAGAGCUGAUUGCAAAUCGCCCAGAAUUCAAUGACUUGGCUGGCUACCUUGGUGCUAACAGUGUGGUUUACUUGUCUGUGGAAGGAUUAACCUCUGCAGUACGUGAGGGCAUUAAAUCCUUUAAAGACCAACAAAGCGGAUUGAAUGGCACAACGUCUCAUCCAUCUUCACGUGGCCACUGUACAGCUUGUCUCACAGGAGAAUAUCCAGUGGAACUCGAAUGGUGA